AGAGAGAGAGAGAGAGAGAGAGAGAGAGAGAGAGAACAACGCCGACCGAGAGACAAAAGCUCCUCAAUCGUGGGCGCCUGCAACCAUGAGAGCGGGCUCGCGGAGAACGAGCACCAUGCCCUGAGGUGUGGUCUCCAAGCCCAACGCUGCCAGUAAGACGGUAGACGCGCCAAGGAAAGGGGAAAAAGGCAGUGGCAGGGGUGGGGGCCGAAAGAUGUCCGCUUCAGUAGGGCCCCAAGGCGGCCCUCGCCCACCCACGGCGCCGGCGUCCAUGCCAGACAUUCCGGACUUGAGUCACCUGACGGAAGAAGAGCGGAAGAUCAUCAUGGCCGUGAUGGCUCGCCAAAGGGAGGAAGAGGAGAAGGAGCAAGCCAUGUUGAAAACACUUCAUCAGCAGUUCGAGAGCUAUAAGGAGCAAGUGAGGCGGAUUGGGGCAGAGACCAAACGCCAGCAGACCAUCCACAAGGACGACGCCCCCACCUGCGGGAUCUGCCGCAAGACCAAGUUUGCUGAUGGCUGUGGCCACAUCUGCUCCUACUGCCAGACCAAAUUCUGCGCCCGCUGUGGUGGGAGGGUGUCUCUACGCUCCAACAAUGAGGAUAAAGUGGUGAUGUGGGUAUGCAACCUGUGCAGGAAGCAGCAGGAGAUCCUCACUAAGUCUGGGGAAUGGUUCUCGUCGGGGCCCAGGGGCAGGCCGCUGAGCCUGGGCGCUCCUGUGACCAUCCCUGAGGCCGACGGGGACAGGAAGCUGCGUUCCAGGUCCCAGGCCCCUGCCGGCACUAACCUUGCUGUUGCUGACACCCAGGCGCCUGCCACUGGACCUCCUGACCGGGCCAAGGGAGCGGACACUAUGCCAGCCUCACGAGCCCGGAGUGAACCUCCACGAGAGAAGAAGAGGCCUGUAUCCCUACAUGAGCAGAAUGGCAAGGUGAUCGGCCGAGGUGAGAGGAGGGUGGGGCCAGGCAGGCUGACAGGACAGGCUUCAGAGGAUCGUGCUCCAGGGGAAAGGCGGGAAGGCAGGCGUCUAGAGAAAGGCCAUUCAAACGAAUACGACCAUCCAGAGGGUGAACUCGCCCACCCUGACCAGCGACGGAGACAAGAAGAAGAGGAGCGAGAGCGUCAGCGGCGGGAGGAGGAGUACCAGACCCGUUACCGUAGUGACCCCAACUUGGCCCGGUACCCUGUCAAGCCUCAAAAAGAGGAGCAGGAGAUGCGAAUGCAUGCCAAAGUGUCCAAAAUGCGUCAAGAGCGUCACCAUAGUGACCUGGCCAUAAAUGAGGUGGGGCUGGCUCAGGAUGGGGGCGAGGCCCCAGGCAGCCGGCUAGGCAGGAGGGUGCCAUCCAAUGACGAUCGCAAGGCACUUUUAGAAAACCACCGGGCGUACUCUGUGGACAGGACCGUGGGGGGUGGGGGUGGUGGUGGUGGUAGUGGGGGACAUGUGCCCCUCCAAAAACAGGGUCACAGUGGUCCUCGUAUGGGCCCCGGAGGCCCCCCAGAUCUCAGGGAUGGACCGGACUGGGGCCCUAAGGACCAUCUGGAGCCCGGGUCAGCAGCUUUACUACACAAAACCAAGCGUGAGAAGGCUGCGGAAAGCUUCCGGAAAGAUUCCUCUCUCAGCUCUGACCAGUCGGAAUGUCUCCGGCCCCCUCCUCCCAGGGCUUACAGGCCCAAACGUGGCCUCAACAAGAGGCAGAUGUCCAUUAGCAGCUCAGAGGAGGAAGGAGGGUCCACUCCGGAGUACACCAGCUGCGAAGAUGUGGAGAUUGAGAGUGUCAGUGAGAAAGGUGACUGGGAUUGCCAUCCUCUAGAUCCAGCUGUGUGGCACCAUCCUGUUACCUGGCAGCCGUCCAAAGAAGGAGAUCAUUUGAUCGGCCGCAUUACUCUGAGCAAGCGCUCGGCCAUGCCCCGAGAAGCUGGCUCGCUGCUAGGGCUAAAGGUGGUUGGCGGGAAGAUGACAGAGACUGGACGACUUGGAGCUUUCAUCACCAAAGUAAAGAAAGGAAGUCUUGCAGACAUUGUAGGCCAUUUACGAGCAGGUGAUGAGGUCCUGCAGUGGAAUGGGAAGGCGUUGCCUGGAGCAACCAAGAAAGAAGUGUACAACAUCAUUUUAGAGUCACAGUCUGCACCUCAAGUAGAAAUAGUUGUUUCAAGACCAAUUGGAUGUAUCCAUCGUAUUCUUUCCAAAAACUUCUUGAGAAAGGUGUAUAGAGCUUAUCAAGACACACCAAGAAUUCCACAGACAUCACAUCCUCCUCUUGAAUCUACUGGUUCAAGCUCUAUAGAUGAGUCUCAAAAAAUGGAUCGUCCUUCCAUCUCUGUGAUGUCCCCCACAAGUCCUGGAAUGUUGAGAGACCUCCCUCAGGUUCUACCAGGCCAACUUUCAGUGAAACUGUGGUAUGACAAAGUGGGUCAUCAACUUAUUGUCAAUGUAUUACAAGCCAGGGACCUGCCUCCUCGACCAGACGGCCGACCGCGAAACCCUUACGUCAAAAUGUAUUUCCUUCCUGAUAGGAGUGACAAGAGCAAGAGGAGGACGAAGACAGUGAAAAAGAGCUCAGAGCCCAAGUGGAACCAGACGUUUCUGUACUCACAUGUUCACCGCAGGGACUUCAGGGAGCGAAUGCUGGAAAUCACAGUGUGGGAUCAACCCAGAGCACAAGAGGAGGAGAGUGAAUUCCUCGGGGAGAUCCUGAUAGAGCUGGAGACGGCUCUGUUGGAUGACCAGCCUCACUGGUAUAAGCUGCAGAGCCAUGACUUGUCCUCCCUCCCUCUCCCCCAGCCCUCUCCCUACCUCCCCCGCAGACAUGUCCAUGGAGACAGCCCUAGCAAGAAGCUACAAAGAUCUCAUCGCAUCAUUGAGAGUGAUUAUGAUGAUGCUAUUACGGUAGUGUCUUCAGCGGAGAGGAAUUCCAGAGACAGAGAGAGGUCCAGUACACUGACCGUUCCAGAGAGGCAGGCGGCGGUCCAGCAUCGCUCUCGCUCUGUCUCCCCACACAGAGAGGACCAAUGUAGAGCCCGCUCCAGACCCACACAUGUGCCCAUGCAGAGGAGUCUGGAUGAAAUUCAUCAGAACCGGCAUCCUUCUCACUCGCCCACUCUCUACCAUAACUCCCAGCAGGAGCACAGAUCUAUAGACUCUGACUAUGACUAUUCUGAGGACAGUGAGGUCCUGGAGAUGCACAGGUCAAUCCGGGGCGGGAGUGCUGAGUGCCUGCACACAAACAGGAACUUAGCUAGGCACUGUAAUACCUUGCCCCCAAAGAUGCCCUUGUUAGUGAAUGGCAUUCAUAAAGACAUAUACAGCUCCACCCUUCCUGCAUGCCUAAAGAAUAAAUCGUCACGGCGACUAGAAGUGGGCGGAGUUGCCCCUCGUAGCGUCGUCCCACAGCGCGUGCUCAGAUUUACAGAUGAGGUCAGCAUUAGUGACCUUCAGCCAUCGCUGGACAGAAUCAGAAGCGCUAGUACAACAUGUUUAAGGCCAGAGACCAGCUUCCACUCCCCAGACAGAGAAAGGCCGGUAGGCAGUUUGGAUAGAACUGCCUGUCCAAAACCUAACAAGAAAAGCAUUGACAAUGACAGGAUCCAGCCCACCUCCAUCCUGCGAGGCAGCAGGUGGAGGAGAGAUGCCCCCCUUCGGCCCUUCAGCCAAACUGGCCUGGGGGGCUCCUGCCCCAGUUCACCACGCUCUCUGGACAGAGCACACCCCCAUGGUGGACGUUCCUCCCCAACAGGGUCUUCCCUGUCAGUGCGCAGGGGCAGACAGCUGCCACAGCUUCCUGCUAAAAGCAGCAGCAUAGAGCAAGACCAUGUCAGUAAUAAACCUGAAGAGAAAGCUUUGGCGGUAGAGGAGCGAGCCCGUCAGUUGAGUCAGAUGCGAUUGCCCUCCUAUCGGCCAGGAUCCUCCGCCAGCACUGGCCACGACCAAGAGAUGGUGCUCAAGAACAAGAGAGACAUUUAUAGGAGGAGCUGUGAUAACAUGUCUGCGCGGUCGUCAGACAGCGAUGUGAGUGAUGUGUCGGCCAUCUCCAGAGCCAGCAGUGCCUCACGCCUCAGCAGCGCCAGCUACAUGUCUGUCCAAUCAGAGAGACCACACGGACGCAUCAGAUCAAAGUCUCUGGAGAGUUGCAAAGGGGAGGAGAAAAAAGAGAGGCGUAUCUCGUGGGGUGUCAGCAGCCCAGAGCAGAGAAGGAGUCUGGGAAAGAGACGCUUCUCAGAAGAGCUGAAGCGCCGGCGCCACACUGUGGCCGGAGAUGAAGAUGUCAGUCGGCAGGUGCGGACCUCUGCAGGCCGCAGCAUGCUGAAGAGCACGAGCGUAAGUGGUGACAUCAAUGCAUCUGAGCGUACAGAUGGCAGCCAAUCAGACACGGCGCUGGGCACGGUGGGCAGUGGCAGCAAGAAACGUCGUGCCAGCCUCAACGCCCGCUUUGUGGCCAUCGUGGGUAACCGUCGCAGCAGGAGCACCUCCCAGAUCAGUCCAACGGAGGCAUCUAAUAAGAAGUCAAAAGGAGGUGGGACGACAAUCCAGCGGAGUCAGGAGACGGGCAUGGCCGUGGAGUUGCAGCGCAACAUGAGCCGGCAACCUAGUCGUGAGUCCAACAACGGCAGCAUGACCAGCUACAACUCUGAGGGAAGUCCCAUCUUCCCGGCUGUGAGAGUGGAGACUCAGUUCAGUGACUUCCUGGAUGGACUGGGUCCCGCCCAGCUGGUUGGCCGACAAACCCUAGCCACGCCCUCUAUUGGGGACAUCCAGAUUGGCAUGGUAAACAAGAAGGGCCGGCUGGAGGUGGAGGUGAUCCGUGCCCGGGGCCUUGUCCAAAAAACAGGAUCCAAAUCACUCCCUGCUCCUUAUGUUAAGGUGUACCUGCUGGACAAUGGGGCGUAUGUAGCCAAAAAGAAAACGAAGAUAGCACGGAAAACGCUCGAACCACUGUACCAGCAGACCCUUCAGUUUGAAGAGAGUCCGCAGGGUAAAGUGUUACAGGUGAUUGUCUGGGGAGACUAUGGACGAAUGGACCACAAAUCCUUCAUGGGAGUAGCACAAAUCCUGUUGGAAGAGCUGGACCUGGCCAGCAACGUGAUUGGCUGGUACAAACUGUUUCCACUCUCCUCUUUAGUAGACCCCACGCUUGCCUCGCUGACUCGCCGUGCUUCCCAGUCAUCUCUGGACAGUUCAUCAGGGCCUGCAGGGGUUCGAUCAUAAAGGACGAACGUACAAAGCACAGUCCAUACUACCAGAGAGAGAGAGAGAGAGAGAGAGAGAGAGAGAGAGAGACCGACAGGACAACAAUCAGAGGCAGACAGAAAAUGCGAUGAAAAAAAAAGCUUUGAUGAAAUCUGACAAUCACUCCUGUCGCUUAUAUUGGGUUCGUAUUGUUUCUUUUCCUCUCGUGUGCGUGUAUAAGACGAGACCUGAGACCUGUACGUUCUGCCAGUUUUGUCCACGACAAAGUAGUCGGUUUGUUUGUUCUUUUCUUAUUGUUUUCUUGCUCACGGUAUGUCACACAAGAAUUAGGGCUGUUGAACUGCAGUACUCCAUGGGAAGCACUAAUUUAGCGUGACUCGGAGAACGUACGGUGAUCAAAGCAGGGUGAUUUUCAAUCAAAUCCACGCUAAAGAAAUGUACGUUAGCUAGUUUUUAACAGAGCAUCAGAAUGUAUCGACCCCAAAAAAAAAAAAAAAAAA